AUGAAAUCAGAGAAAGCGCUAGGACAAGUUCCCGCGCAAACUUCUCAUGUGUUCGAGCACAAACACAUGUGCCAGGGAGCAGGAACAAUGACAAACCACACAGCCCACUUCACCUCUUGGUUGGUCCUGACGUCGCGUAGGAAGUCUGGGGAGCACCAAAAAUGCGUGACGAUGCUACAAACCUUACGUAGAAAGUUUUCAGCCAUAGAAAUAAAUUUCAAUGAUUUUAUGGACUGGACGAACAUAAGCAUGUUAUAUGUGGAUGUAGUUGAGUGUCAUUGCUUAUUUCCAUAG